ACAUGGGCUCUGGCUGUUUGACACAACAAGCCACCCCACCUGUACUCUGAACCAUAGCUAUGUCCAUGGGUGGACUAGCCUAGCCUGCUGACCAUAAACACACACUGUUCUCACUCUCUCUUUUCAAGAAACAGGGAACAACAUGCCUAUGCCGAGACGUAGAUCAUCCUUCCUAGGCCAGCCUUCCUCCACAGAGCGUUCGGCCGGAACCAGGAUCGGUACGGUAGGCGUCACCACAGCACCAAGAGGAGUGUUUGUGGGGACGGCACCCACAGGCGGCGGCGCCUCCAGCCUGGGCACGCGGGUGUCGCGCCGCGCCCUCGGGAUCAGCAGUGUGUUUCUGCAGGGCCUGAGGAGCAGUGCCGCACCGGUCCUGCCUCGGACCGGUGACAGAGCUCAGCAGGGGGGCUCCCAGGGCCUCAAUGGCUGCCUGAUGGAGUACAGGGACAAGGUUCACGCCCUGGAGCAACUCAACCAGCAGCUGGAAGAGCAGAUAAGACACUGCCUUGAUCGGAAAGCCUUGAGUGCCGGGGCAUGGGGCCCGCUGAGACAAGACUGGGAGGACGUCUACAGACAGGUCAGUGAAGCAAUCCUUGACAACGCCAGACUCAUGCUUCAGACAGAAAAUUUACAAGCUAAUGCUGAGGACUUCAAAGACAGGUUUGACAAUGAGCAGCCUUUUAGGAAGGCUGUGGAGGAGGAGAUCAGUUCUCUGCACAAGGUCAUUGAUGAUGCAGACCUCACCAAAACCGACCUGGACAGCCAGAUUGAGAGCCUGAGACUCGAGCUUCAAGACUUGGAACGAAACCACGAGGAGGACGUGAGAGUCCUCUACAACCAGAUGGCGGGUCGUGAGGUGGAUGAGCCUGAUGCUCCGAUAGAAACCAGUCUGGACCAGAUUCUGGCCUACAUCCGCUCUCACUGGGAGAAGGUCAUCGAGAAGAACCGUGCUGAAACCGAUGCCUACUUGGAGAACAAGCAGGCAGAAACCGUGAACAGCAAACUGAGUCGGGAAGAGGAACAGCUGGAGACUUUGAAGAUAGAGUGUAACGAUGCUGGCUGUCAGAUCCAGAGUCUACAGGCUGAAACAGAGUCAAUCAGAGCACUUAAACGAGGUUUGGAAAACUCCCUGUGUGACGCUAAGCACUGGCAUGACAUAGAGCUUCAGAACCUGGGCUCUGUCGUUGGUAAACUGGAGUCGGAACUGGGCGACGUCCGCAGCGACAUUGAGCAACAGCGCCGUGACUACGAGACAUUAUUUGGAAACAAGAUCCGUAUGGAGCAGGAGAUUGGAAUGUACCACGGCAUCCUGGACGGAGAGGAAAGCCGUUACCAUCCCUCCAUGUGGUCUGGCAACCAAUCAGAGCCAGAGGGAAAUCCAACUGUUCCUCCUUUGGAUCCUCAAGGAAGCAAAGCCUGUAAAGGUUCCAGCCCAUCUGGUAGUAAGUAGAGGUGUGCUUGAUGAACAUUGUGAACAUGUCCAUAAGUAUGAUCAAUCCAAGCUAACUGAAGAUAUCCUAAUCCACUAACAAUCAUGUCACAAUGAGUAAAUAAAAAUGAUAUUCUCU